AUGUUUUGCUCAAUGUGCGCCCGAAAUGGACGAGGGCGCUAUGUAACAAAAGUGCUGUCGCUUGGUAUUUUUUGGGCUUUGAUUGUGUAUACUCUCUACCAAUUUCGAUCUAUAACCAUCGAUGUACCAGUGCCACAUCUUAACAGCAGGUUUCUGUUACAAAAGAGGCUGGAUCCUCUUACCAGACACGCAGAUAGUACAACAGAAAGUAUGGAUCUAGAACCUUUCGUUGAUAAAAGCCCCAGUUUAUCUGAAGACAAUCUCAUUAAUGAUAUACAGAAGAGGAUGCCAAAUUUACCUAUAGUUUACUGGAAUAAAAACAAAAAUAAACCUAUGGGAUUUAACAAUACCUGCGCAAGAUUUCCGUCAAUGUUUGAUUUAGAGUUUAACAACCUCUACUGGCAAACCUUACGUACUACCAACGGUACCUUCCAACUUUUUGGAGCUUACUUGGAUAAAAGGCCCAACAAUAGGCUCGGACCAACCGUUAGAAUUUUAGGAAUGAUUGAUAGAAUCGAACCUACAGUAAUCACUUACUGCCAAUUUUGGUUUGAUGGCAAAAAAGACCCCGUUUUAGGAAAGAGUUUUGAGUAUAAGUAUAUUUGGUACAAAAAGUGGGGCAACUACAAACAAGGAAUUUACCAGCCAUACCUCAUAGCAUGCAUAAUUCCUCAAAAAUUCAGAGACCUUAUUCCCCAGUCAAUAUCUUUAGUCGAAAAGCAAUGUGAUAAUGCCACUAACAAUUUGAGAAUAAUAUACGAAAAACCCGUAGAGAAAAAAGAUUUUGCAGUUUGUGUCAAGGGACUUGAUUUUCUCCAUGAAGAUUUGUCUGUUAGGCUCAUAGAAUGGAUAGAAUUACUAAAUCUUCUAGGAGCUGAUAAAGUUUUUUUCUACGAAUUACAAGUGCAUCCUAAUAUUAGCAAAGUUUUGAAGCAUUAUGAACAGGAAGGGAAGGUACACGUAACACCGAUCAACCUAGCUGGUGGUCAACCGAAUGCACCUUCAUUUCAGCAUCUUUAUUUAACAAAGAAAACCAACCACAAAAGACAGAACGAACUUAUCCCUUAUAACGAUUGCUUUUACAAACAUAUGUAUGAAUACAAAUACAUAAUUCUGUUGGAUAUCGACGAAGUGAUAAUGCCACUAGAAGGAACAACAUGGAAAGGAUUAAUGGACAAAGUGUUACCAAAGGCACUGAAAAUAAAUAAAGAGGAAAGAGCUUCGUACAAUGUCAGGAACGUAUAUUUCUUGGAUGAUCUUAUACAUAAUCAUGGAUGGUUCAAGGAAAUCCCAAAGUACAUGCACAUGCUUCAACACGUAUACCGUACGAAAAACUUUACAAAACCAGGUCAAUACGUCAAAUGUUUCCACAAUACAGAAAAAGUGUUAACGCUACACAACCAUUUUCCAUUAAGCUGCCUUGGUAGUGGUUGUACUAGCUACCCAAUAGAGACUAUAGACGCACAACUGCACCACUAUCGAGCAGACUGUGUUAAAACGCUCAAAAAAACUUGCGAGGAGUUUAGGAAAACCAGUGUAAUGGAUACAACAAUUUGGAAAUUUAAAGAUCCUUUAAUUGCAAGGGUUACAAGGACUUUAAGGACUUUAGGGUUUUUCGCUAAUAGCGACAUCAAUGUUAGUAGUAAUUCUAUUAGAAAGAGGUGA